AUGUUUCUCUACAUGCUAAUCUUCAUGGCGUAUCAUAGCAGCCGGUGGAUACCAAGGAAUCAGAGGCUAAAAUUUCAGAUAGUGAAUGCAGUGUUUGCAGCUCUUGUCCUGGUCCCUCAGUUCUACGUCAUGGCAAGUCCAAAAUCCUCCAGAUACUGCAGGCAGCCACUUCUGAGCAACCUGUCAGCCUCCAUCGCCUUGUCCUUCAUCGCUACAGGCUGUAGGAAUAUACCACAACAAGAGAGAGACCUGCAUUCAAGAUCUGCCUUAAAUAAAAGUUUUUCCGUGGUGUUCACACUGAUAGACUCAGUUCCUCAGAGCCUUUGGGCCUCCUAUCACGUGUUUGGGAUUCUGACAUGUGGACAAGGUCUCUGCACCGUCAUCCUGACUCUGACAGCAGCAGCGUGUGCUAAAACCACCCCGGAGCUGUACUACAUGUCCCUUAUCCUAACUAUUGCUUCUAUUUUCAGUACAGGUUUUUUCAUGGUGAGAGGAGGCCUCUGGUUGACUAACAGGAAGCAUGUGACGGAACCGAGCAGAAACAAUGAGCAGUAA